AUGUUGGGGUUGAAUGACGAGUCUGUCAAAGACUUCCAACUUUAUGCUUCCAUUCUCUGUGAUCAUUUAUGGAUGGCUAGAAAUAAAGCUAGAGUGGAGGGUUCCAAAAGUGAUCCAACUGAUCUUUCCAGGCAAAUUUUUAAAGCCUUCAUGGAGCAUAAGGAUGCUUGGAAGGAGCAAAAUGAGAGACCAUCCAAAGAGGUGGACUGGUCUCCCCCUCCAAAGAGUUGGAUUAAGAUAAAUUUUGAUGCGGCAAUCCGUGAAGAGAAAACCACAGUUUCAGUUGUGGGAAGAGAUGCUAAUGGCAACCUUUUGUUGGCAUGGUCAGAGCAAUUUGAGAGUGAAAAUUCCCUGCUAGGAGAAGCGAGAGUAGCUUGGUUUGCCAUGAAGUGUGCUAUGAAUGAAGGAUUUCAGAAUAUAAUCUUGGAGGGUGAUGCCUGGAAUGUCAUUGAGUCGCUGAAAAAAUCUGAUAUAACCCCACAUUGGAGUAUCAAGUCUAUCCUAGAACAUAUUGUGUUCUUUGUUAAUAGUUUUUCCAAUGUUGAAUUUUCUUUUGUACAUAGAAAAGGUUGUUGUUAG